AUUAAUUUGCAUAAUGAGGGCGCGUUUAAAAAGACACUUACCUUCAUCGCUGCUUCAUUUUACAUCUAUUUUUCCCUAUUUUUUCAAGUUGUUGACAUUUUAAAAUGCUUUUGUUCCUUAUAUUGGUGGGAUGGGUUUGUCAAGUGUGGGGGGGACCGUUGGGAAAACAGAAGACCUCUGAAAUCCAGUUUGAUGAAGGAUACAUUAACUCGCUGAGUGAAAAUCGUCUAUUGCCUAAAAAUGGUGAAGUAGUGAUGGAGGAUGUGGAAGAUGAUGCUGUUCUGGAGGGGGAUAUCCUGAUGCCUAGUGACAGGAACGCAGUGAGUGAGUUGUGGCCAAACGUGGAUGGGAUUGUGUCCGUGCCGUAUGAAAUCGAUUUCGUUCUCGAGGACCGGAUUCAAGAAAUAACUGAAGCUUUAGACAUGAUCAGUGACAAGACGUGCAUCACGUUUUAUCCGCGUACUAUUGAAACCGACUUCAUAUACUUCUCUUACGGUCAAGGGUGUGCAUCUUCUGUUGGAUGUGUGGGGGGUGAACAGCGUAUUGUGGUUGGGGAGAAGUGUUCUGCUGGAAACAUCUGCCACGAGAUCCUUCAUGCUCUAGGCCUGUACCACGAGCAUUCACGAAUCGAUCGUGAAAAAUAUAUUACUAUACUGUCUGAAAACAUUACCCCUGGGAAGGAAAAAAAUUUUCUGCCGAAAGAUGGAAACACUCUUGGCCUCAAGUAUGACAUGGAAUCUAUCUUGCAUUAUGGAAGCAAUUAUUUCUCAAGCAAUGGAGAACCCACAAUUGUGCCCAAAGACCGCAGUGUGACGAUCGGCCAGAGAAUACGGUUGACUGCGCUGGAUGUGCAGAGAAUCCGGAGGCUGUAUAAAUGUGACAUGUGAGAAGGUUAAAGGGGAAAGUGACACGAUGACACCGCCAACCAUCAUCUUUGAUAUGGAUACUUUUUGAUGCAGGAAUUCUGAGGCUAGGAUGACAAAUAAAGGCUUUUCGAAAGCAAAAAGGACCUUGAGGGUCGUCUGUUCUAAAGUUAUUUAGAAUAAAACUCAUUCACACGUCACUUUGUCAUGUUUCGUUUUGUCCAGUAGGUGGCGAUCAUUGAGCAUUUUUUUUGUUUGCCUUCGUGGAGAUUUUUAAAAAGUGAAUCAUUUCUUGCCAGUGGAACCCAGAGUGAGAAAACCUAAAGCACUGAAACGAUGUGAAGCGCUAAAAUGUAAUGAAAUGAAAUGUCA